AUGCUAGGAGUAUCCCGUUUCACGCAAGUGAGGGACGGGAUUCGAACUUCUCUCCUACGUCAGCGAUCGAAGAUUAGAGACGCCGCCACGUUUGCCAAGGAAAGUAAAAUAAGGUGGGCCGGACACGUGAUGCGCUUUAACGACAACCGUUGGACCAGAGCCGUGAGCGACUGGGUUCCCCGCGAUAUUAAGCGCACUACAAAAAGACCGCCGACCCGACGGACAGAUUUCUUCACGAAGUCCUUCAAAGAAAAGUAUGAUGCUCUUCGUGUCCCACGCGAAAAGAGGAACCACUGGGCUACUCUGGCACGCGAUCGAGACAAAUGGAAGAAUUACUGGCGCCCGCUCGAUCAGUUCGAAGAUCAACGGAAGACAAGGUGA